UAGAAACACAAGCAAACAUAUCCGGUAGUCCCGUCGCGCUUGGCAACAGACUCCAAACAUGGACUCCGAGUACGUCAAGACGCAUCUGGGUUCAUGCCUGGCAGAGGGCUUAGCUGAAGUGGUCGAGCAGCGUCCAAUGGACCCCAUCCAGUUUCUAGCCCAUUGGCUGUACAAAUACAACGCCAACGUCGAAUAUGAGGCAAAGAAACAGGCCCGGUUGGCACUUGUGGAGAAGGAACGGGCCAAAGCCAGAGAGAAAGAUGCUGGGAAGGAGCCCGCAGGAAAACUCUCUGAAAUGGAGUCUGCAGGAACAGACGAUCGUGUGGGAGCCACGCCCGAACCUACUGAGCAACCUGAGAGGGACCCUCCUCGGCCGGAAACCCAACAUGUUAACAAACAGCACCAAAGUGGACCUCUGGAGAAUGAACAGGAGGUUGAGACGAUCGAUAAUGUAACCGCUCCAGAGUCCUCAGUUGUCUCUCUGCGGUCUGACACUAUCCAGCAGGACCAGCCCCAAGUGAAGAAACCAAGGGAGGAAAAGGCGGAUCUUGGCCUGGCUGAAACCGGUGAGCUGUCCCAGGCUGAAGGCCCCGCUUCUAGCCAGGUGGACAGACACCAGGAGCUACCGAGCCCACUUCUCCCCGAAAGCCAACACACAGAGAAGAAGGAUGAGCACGCCCAGUCUUCCCAUGCAGAGUCUGCACAGGUGAAGUCCUCGCAAGUAGAAGCUGAGCUGGUGGGGACCUCGCCGGUCAAUACCUCCCAGGCUGAGUCUGUGCUGGUAGAGUCCAUGCAGGUCGAAUCCAUGCAGACUGAGACCUACCAGGCUGAGUGCUCUCAAGCUGAGGGCUACCAUGUCCCAGCCACGCCGACUGAGUUCUCUAAGGCUGAGGCCUCCCAUGUGGAAUCUACACAAGUUGAGCGCUCCCAGUCAGAGUAUGCGCAGUUGGGGUCUACGCCGGAGGAGUCUGCGCAGGCCAAAUCCUCUCAAGCUGAGGCUUCCCAUGUCAAAGCCGCACAAGUUGAGACCUCCCAGGCUGAGUCUGCGCAGGUGGAGUCCAUGCUAGAAGAGUCUGGACAGGCCGAGUCCAUGCAGGCUGAGAAAGCCCAGGCUGAGGCCUCUGACGAUGAAUCUCCACAAGUUGAGACCUCUCAUCCCGCAUCUGCACAGGUGGAGUCCACACCAGCGGACUCUGCUCAGCCUAAGAACUCCCUGUCCGAGUCUGCCCAGGAGCAGUCCCAGGCCGAGUCUUUGGAGGCGGAGACCUCCCAGGCUGAGGUCGCACAGGUUGAAUCCACAAAAGUUGAGACCUCUCAGCCCGAGUCUUCACAUGCGGAAUCUACACCGGCAGAUUUAGUUCAGUCCGAGACCCUCAUGUCCAAGUCUGCACAAGAAUCUUUCCAGGCUGAGUCCUCUCAUGCUGAGGUUUCUCACGUCGAAACCAAAAACAGUGAGACCUCCCCGGCCAUGUUGGCGCUGGUGGAAUCCUCUUUGAUGGAGUCUGCGCAGAUCAAGACUGCGCUUGUGGAGUCCAUGCAGGCCGAGUCCUCUCAAGCUGAGGCCUCUCAGGUCCAACCCAUACAAGAUGAGACUCCCCAAGCCCAGUUUGCACAGGUGGAGUCAAUGCCGGAGGAGUCAACCAGGGAGGCCUCCCUGGUUGAACCUGCACAAAUGGAGAACUCCUCAGACGAGUCUGACCAGGUGGAUUCCACGCAGGCAGACUCCCAUGCUGAGUCAUCGCAGGCCAAGUCCGACAAAGUCCUACCGAGUGACAACCUGUCAACAAAAACUGAAAAGGAGAGGCACGAUCCAAGUUCACCUCCUGUUCUUCAAGACCAAGAAGAGGUUUGUGAGCUUGCCCGGACACCCAUCUCUGUUGCUAACACUUAAGUGGUGACGCCACAGGUCAGUUUAGCACCUGUAGAGCUCACAGGUCAAGUGAUUAUUUUCAAGUCUAAUAAAAAAUUUUUUAAAAAAGAGGUCAUAAAAACCACGUCUUUUCCUCGUGCACGUCAUUUAAGUGUUAAAUCCAAAUGUUAUUGCUCAUUUUUUUGCCACUUUA